GUUUGUGCGGUGUCACAUUUAAAUUUCGUUAAUUGCUGUUGGUUUCGCGCUUUUGGUUCAGUUAAAUUGAAAACGAAAGUGUAAACAAAUAUGCUUAUGUUGAUAUAAAUGAUUUCCUGUGGACGGUGAAGCAGCAAGGUCAAAUUUGAGGUUAGGUCUGCGAAACAUCGAAGGAUUGCGUCGGAGUACACGGAUACAUUUGUUAUGAAAGAAAGAUUAACGUCCGACACGAUGCACGCCAAUUCUUUUUGGGAAAACUAUACAACGGCCCAAGAAUGGCAGAAUAGACACAACGUAAUUUGGUGGAGGACUCGUUGUUUCGCUCUAGAAUAUGAGAAUCAGGCACUGAGAGAUAAGUUGAGAUCGUUGGCAGCCCAGAAUGUUUCACAACAGUCGCACUAUUCGCAAAAGGUGCAAAAUUAUAAGAAUCAUGACGUGGAAGAGGACGACGAAGAGACAAAGUUCACAGAAGAUAAUGAAAACUUAGAGUUCCAAGUGAACGAGGACAUGAUGAAUUUUUUGGAGCAGAGUAUAAGGCAUAAGAUCGAAUUGAAGAAGAAACGUGAAGCUGAAUCUGCUGAGAAAGAAGAGAGAAACAAGGAUGAUUGCAUUCAGGGAGGUGCUGCCUGGGUGCAAGCAAGAAACACCAAUGCAAAAUUAUUGUAUGGCGAUGCCAGCCCUACAAUUUUAGCCAUGGAAACUGCCCUACAGACUACCGUAGACAGACAUAAGGACAAAGCGAAGCCACAGUUGUGGCCUAUUAUUGCUUUAAAACCGUAGUAUUUAGGAUCGGAUACAAUUUUCUAUUUAAGCAAACUUUAAUGUAUUUUAUGAUUAAUAAUAAAGAAAUCUUUUCACUUA